AUGCUAUCGGAUGGUAUGGUCGGACAAAAUCACGAUCAUAAAGUGGGCGACCUAGCCAGUAUCAACGAAAUCCCCGGAAACAUGCCUGCUCCCAAAGACUCGAAGAAGCAGACCGACCUGAACGGUCAAACAGGGGUCAAUGGCAAUAUUCCGCCCCCUAAGACAGACAAGCCUCGCCCCCACGUCUGCACCACCUGCGGUCGUUCAUUUGCGCGACUGGAGCACCUAAAGCGCCAUGAGCGCUCUCACACCAAGGAAAAACCAUUCGAGUGCCCAGACUGCGCACGAUGCUUUGCUCGACGCGAUUUGCUCCUGCGACACCAGCAGAAGCUACACAUGACCACCACGCCGUCUUCUCGACCGAGAAAUAGUCGCCGUGAGAGCACGGGUGCUGCCCCCAGUGCCAACCGAGUACGCAAGAACUCCGUUGCUAACAACUCGUCGUCUUCUUCUUCUAUGCGCCCGAGGGCCAACACUAUUAGCCACGUUGAUGGGGCUUUGGGUAUUCCCGGCGCCGGUAAUCCGUCGUCGGCGCCCACCCAUUCCGGUCACUCAUAUCAUGCUAGCCUUAGUUCUUCAGUUGGCACAGCCCUGGACUAUAGAGGUUUCGGCUCUGGAAACAAUUCUCUGAAUGGUCUUCCGAAGAUUGAGACUUCCGGGCUGCACAUGGACAUGUCUGGAGGACUUCGGACUGCUCCAGUGUAUGGAAGCUAUGAUACGGGCAUCGACGGCAUGCUCAUGGGUCACGGUAGUACCAUCAACCCAGCACAAUUACAUUUUGCAGGAUCUCCACAAGGCUUCGGCGAUUCGCCCUCGUCUCCCUUCGGUCACUACCCCAACGGACUUCCGUCAUCUGCGGAUCCCAUGAUGGACGAAGAUAUGAACUUCGACUGGAUGAACGGGUUCGAUUCGGGCAUGGGGAUGGGCAACGGCAACGACUCGGUUGUUGACGAGUCCUCGCCCUCGGCGAUGAGCACUGGUAGCCAGAGCGGAAUCAGCGAGGCCAUGCUGGACGGCCCGAACCGCAUUCCCAUCUCCAAUGGUUGGCACAACCCGUUCCCUUCGCACCACCAGGCCAAUCAGUUCGCGAUUGAUUUUUCACCGACGACUUUGAAUGAUCUGGGGAUUCCCCCGGAAACCGUGUCGCCCAAGUCUCUAAUGGCCCAGAAUCCGUUUGCUGAGACGUAUGCCACGCCUCCCUCUAUGACUUCAGUCGGCCAGCCCAUCAUGGGAGGACAUUCGCAGAGUAUGUUUUCAUCCUCUCUGGCCACAAACGGAGAAUCUCCUAAUCCUCUCAACGUUCCUUUCACGAAUAGUGCCCUUCGAAAUGAACAUGCCGUCUCAACGGAUACAUUUACAGACUCCACACGACAGGCUCUAUUAGCCGGCAUGUCGGGCUCCACUGGCUUCGAUCAUCGCAGAUAUUCUCAGCCCGCAAGUGGACUUCUAAAUAGUCGCGAACUGUUCCGCUCGACUGGCUUCAACAGCUCCGGUCAACUACCCAGCACCUCGGACUUGCAGCGAUACAUCUCGUCCUACGUCUCCUUUUUCCACCCGCAUAUCCCGUUCCUCCAUAUCCCGACCCUCAAUUUCCAAGCUCCCGAGUUCACCAACAAUCUGCGCACGCCGAGCGGGCAUCUCAACCUCAGCUCCACCGGCGUCGCUGGAGGCGGUGGCUGUUUGAUUCUCUCCAUGGCCGCCAUCGGUGCUUUGUACGAAUCAGCUUCCGCUGCCUCCAAGGACCUUUUCGAAGCCGCAAAAAAGAUGAUACAAUUAUAUCUUGAAGAGCGACGGAAGGCGGACAUGUCUGCUGCUCUCAAUCGUCCAUCUCCCUCUCUCAAUCGUCCAUCUCCCCCUCGCGAUAACUCUGUUCACAACACCCCGCUUUGGCUAGUACAAGCGAUGCUUUUAAAUGUGAUAUACGGCCAUGCCUGUGGCGACAAGACCUCUGCAGACAUCGCUAGCACGCACUGUGCUGCUUUGGUCAGCCUAGCACGUGCAGCCGAAUUGACACAUCACUUGGAUCCCAAGCAUCUGCCACAAGAUCAUCUCACUGCUGGAGUUGACGGAAACGAUUCUCCUGGUGACUCGGAGAACUGGACGUCCUCGUCAUUUACUCAACCGAAAGAGCGCCAAGAUUGGCUGAACUGGAAGGUCGUAGAAGAGCGAAAACGUACACUCUACGCUAUCUUUGUUGUCUCCAGUUUCCUCGUUUCGGCCUACAACCACGCACCCGCUCUCACAAACUCGGAAAUUCGCCUUGAUCUCCCCUGCGAAGAAGACGUGUGGGCGGCCGAAUCCCCCCAAGCGUGGAAAAGGAUGGGCGGCCAAAUGGCUUCGAAGAAGACUUUGUCGUUUUCGGCUGCUUUGACCUCUCUCUUGACUGCCGGCCAACGAGAACAGAGCCAAUCGGCAAACCUGUUCUACAACGCAAAUGACUUGGCAAAUUCCGAGAACCGGCCUAGUACGUUUGGCUGCUUGGUACUCAUUUACUCUCUGCAUAAUUAUAUCUGGGAAACCCGCCAAAGACACAUGGGUCGACAAUGGACAACCCAGGAGACUGAUGCCAUGCAAUCACAUAUCGAGCCCGCUCUACGGGCGUGGCAAGCAGCAUGGGCUAGCAACCCCGUCCACAGCCUUGAGCGACCGAAUCCGUUCGGCGCUGGGCCGUUGUCUGCAGACAGUAUCCCGCUUCUGGACUUGGCAUACGUCCGUUUGUUUGUCAACUUAGGCCGAAGCAAAGAGGCUUUCUGGCAACGAGAUUGGAAUGGCAUGGCGGAUGAGCUAGCGCGAGGCACCGAGACUUUCCAACAGCAAGGCAAUGACAUGAACGACGUUGUAGACCCGUCACUCACAGGCCACAUUGAUACUAGACGAGAUUCCAUCGCCGACCUAGGAGUCUCGGACCUAGCAAUCUCCAAGACGCCGACGCAGGAAGAGCCGAUGCAGACCCUGUCCAAUAUCUACAAGUCUAGCCAAUCCAAACGUGAAAGGCAUCUGCGGAAAGCAGCAUUCUACGCAGCGGACUCCAUCUCGAUGUCUGACCGUCUUGGUAACACGUUUAUCGAGUUCACGUCACGGGAAUUGCCCAUCCAGUGCGCAAUGUGCCUAUUCGAUUGCGCACAGGUGCUAGCAGAAUGGAUCACAACCGUUCAAGAACGUGUGGGUACCUAUCUGGGUGUCUUGGGUCGCGACGACGCGGACUUGACUCAAGUACCGGGAGUCAUGCUCUUAGAAGACGAAGAUUGCAAGCUCGUGGACAAAAUCAAGGAGAUCCUGGGCAGUAUCGAAUCAAAGAUGCAGCGCCAGGUCCAGAACAACAAUUCCGCGUCCGCGCUGAGUAUCAUGCAACGGCUACCCAGUGUCGUGGAAGGAGGUUACGGAUGUAAAAUAUUGAUUGCGACAGCCAGCAUCCUGGAAAGAGCUGCUGUCUGGCCAGUGACGAAAUUGAUGGCCCGCUCGCUCGAAGCCCAAGCUAUGCGAAUGAAGGAGCGUACCGAGCACUCCGUUAUGAUGACCACUUAA